AUAGUUUCACAAUAGUGAAGGCUACCAGCUCAACCUGUUGAUGUAAACGUAUUCUAACGCGAUGAUUAUGGGGGCUUAUUUUCUUGAACAGCGACCAUGUUAUCUCUCGCUACGGUGCAUCAGCUCAGCCUAUACGAACAGUUUGCUAAUCGGCCGGGUCGCUGUGAUGGAUCGAUCACAUCGCAUGAGCUGACGCAAAUGACCCUGCUCUCUUUCAAGAACUCUUUCAAAACGAACAUGGCGGCAACUUAACGUUUGGCCAAAAUGACUGUGGAUAGUUUCGUGAGAAAAGAUCGCACCUUGUCGGACCGAGGAGGCGAGAUUCGGCGUUUCGAAACGAGGAGUCCUUGCGCUUUUCACCAGAGCGAGCGGCAAGACACGGGCUUUUCCGCGUUGUAGCGGCUCUGCGCAAAAGAGGAGAGCGGAACCCAUGACAGACGAGCAGGGAGAGACAUGUUGCUACAGAUAGCUGGGGUUUUCUCCGGAAAAGCACGGGGAGAGCGGACUCGACAAUGAAAGCAGUAAUCCCCCUGAACACAGCAACUGAUCGUUAAUCGCGGAGGUGAGCCACGACCGCUCGUCAGCCAUCGUUUAGUGGGCAAAACUCAAAGCAGACCUCCCGUCAAUGACUAUUGUGGCAGAAAAGCCCCCACGGUGGAGUCAGCCAGAGCUGCGCUUUCCCAAAAUAUGACCAGCGGUGCUUGGAAGUGUCGGCAGCGAGAUGACGGCUUAAAAAUUUGGUGUGCUCCCCGCGAGAACGAGAAGCCAUUCACCGACUCCGAGAGGGCCCAGCGAUGGCGAUUGUCCCUAGCGUCCCUCUUAUUUCUAACCGUUCUGCUUUCUGAUCAUCUUUGGUUCUGCGCCGAGGCCAAACUGACAAGGACCCGAGACAAGUUAGCUUCAGUGGACAUGAGCGCAAACCACAGACCCGACCUCCCUUCAACACACAGCAGCCUCAAAAGAAAUGAAGAUGCUAUUUUUGUAGUCAAUUCUACUAAACCUUUGUGGCAACUAGAAACUUGCCAUCCGGAUGGUUUGUCUGAAAACUGCUUCACUUUUGUCGACGCUGACCACUUGUGCAGGGGCCUUUCGCAAACGGAGGGGACGCGGUGGAUGAACAUAAGCGAUUUGUACCUUUCCUUUUGUAAUUCGUACUCUCUUAUGGAUUUGCUUUACGGAUCGUUAAGUCCAGACAAUUUGAACUGCAGCCUUGACAUGAUCGUGGACGGCGACCUGAACAGGUGCAGUCUGUGCGUUCAGGCGUACCAGCGCUAUGACCUGCACGCGCAGGAGAAAUAUGAGGAUUUUGAGAUGAUGGCAGACAAAUACGAGAAGGAUGUGUACUCAGUAAGGACGUGCAUGGAAGAAUGCAAGACUGUCUACAAGCCCUGGCUCUGCGCUCAGUAUUUCCAGAGUCCUCAUUCAGGCUGCAGUCAUAAGAUUCCCUGUGAACAAUACUGUCUUGAGGUUCAGCAGAGGUGUCCGUUCAUAUUGCCUGACAAUGAUGACCUUAUACAUGGUGGAACUCCCAGUUUUAUAUGUGCAGGGUUCAAGCCAGACAUCAACCAAGAGUCAGAGUGCUGUGAUGUGCGGUGGGACCAGAAAUCCAACAACCGCUCCCGUGGCACUUUAAAAAGAACUCACCCUUCCUGCCAGCACACAUCCGUGACCUCCUCGGGGGCUCCGCGGCUCGGGCAGGGCCGGCUGAAACUUUGCUUGCUGGUCCUAGUUCUUCUCCACACUGUGGCUGCCAUGACGGCCAAUCAGAACUCGACCUGUCUGACCGCCAUAUUUCCACUGGACGACAACGCCACCAGAGAAGAGUGAUUGGAUGAUGCUGGGCUGGACAACUCUAGCAUAUCCGCAUGCUCCAACACAUCUAGCUUUGAGCUUGUCAGUUGUGUGUACUGACCAGCUAUAAGUGAGGCUAACAGUCUCAACCAGAGAACACUUAACCACACUUGUCAUCAGCACCUUGUGGGGUUUGGGGAAAACAGUAAACAGGACACAGGACAAAAGAUAAGCAUAAUAUGAUGUGUAUGUCAGAACAUGCCCCCAUGGAGACUUCUCACUCUCUUCUGGAACACACAUUGACACACACAAGCAAAAUGUAAUUUCACUUUGCACUAGGAGAUUAUCUAACUUUUCCCUUUUAGUUUCAGCUGUUAUUUUCACUUCAAGAUGGUUUCGACUUCUGUUCAGUGGUUUCAGAGCAACCUGGAAAGUGACUUGAGGUUCCAUGGUCCUGUCAAAUUCUCUCUUUAUAUGUUGCGUGCCAGUAUUUUGAGAACGAGUGUCACGCCACAAAGUCAUUAACAGCAUUCAGACAGGAUACAGGCUACAUAUUCAAGUCUCUCUUCAUAAAUUUUGAAUAGGAUGUUUUUAAAUUAGAUGCACUCAAAGCCUCAAAAUCGAAGCAGCAGUUGGCAUCAGUUAGUGAAUUCAGUUUUUCUACUCCACCUUCUAAGAAACAGAUACAACCACCUUGCAUUAUAUUAGAGAAUGAUGAUUAUUCCCCUGGCUGUAUGAACUGUAUGAGUUUGCUGCAGUUUGAAUUAACCACUAUGAGAUAGUUCUGUUUAUUCCAAGAUCUUCAUCUCCAUUUCAUGUACACGACUUACUAUGAUUUAUACACCCUCAGAAAACAACAACAACAAAAGUACAUUAUCACAUGUUGUACAAGCUGUCACUGUACCCUUUCAUAAAGUGAAGUACUUAUAUGUAUCUUUAAGAUACUUCUAUUAACCUAUUAGGGGUAAAUAAAGUACAAAGGUGUACCUUUUGAAGGGUUACGGUAAUAGUGACAGCUUUUGUACCUUUUUUUUUUACUUUUCUGAGAGUGUAUAGUGUGUAGACUCCAGAGUUUAAAGACCCCAUUUGUGUUGGUACUCAUUUAAAUACAAAUAUAGUCUACAACAGGUCAAAAUAAUCUAAUGAACAGGGAUUUGGCACACAACUGUAAAGGGGGAGGAUGAUAAGUAUUUUCAUAAAUGACACUAGUUUAUUAUGCACUUUAUUCUUUUAAUAAUGUGCUAAACCCUUCAGCCUUUCUGCAUUAAUUGCAUCUUAGAUGUUCCGUGAAAGCAUCCGUUUUUCAGAAUGGGGUCCUCAUGUAAUUCUUAGCAUCAACAAUGUUUAUAUCUUUACUCAUUGCAUGAAAAUUUGAAUGCAUACAUUUAAAACACUUGUAUGUGAAGCUGGUUUAACUAAGGUUAACUACAACAGGUCAUGAGUGAAUGGAAUUGAAAUAGCUGAACAGAAUGUGCUGCUCCAUCAUAAUCAUACACAAUUACACUGUAAUUUUACCAUCAUUUCCCUGUCAGAAAUAACUAUCUAUUGUGUAAAGGGCUUAGCAAAUAGUAGUGUGUGGAGAAGGAGUUAAGGGCUUAUUCUACAUUUCUCCUUCUGUGUGGUUGUUGUCUUCAGUGUCUGAGUGUAAUGGCUAAUCGGGAUUAUGUGUUGUUUUGCCUUUGUCAGGACCUUAUUUUCUGACUAUCCUUGUAUACACCUGUGCAUUCAACACUUUCCUUUGGUCAUUAUUUUCUUGUUGUGUUUAUAGAGUAAAUUCACUAAUGCUUAAUGAAUUCUUGUAAAGUUAAAUUCAAAUUACUUAAGAGCAGAGAUGCACAGAGUGACUGCUGACAAUGGCCCAGGUGUAUACUUCUUAGGGGAAACUACCAGUAAAUGCCCCUUUUGGAAUACUUUUUAUAGAUAAUCUAUAUACUUUUCAUCGACUGUAAUAAAAAUAAUUACACUAAUUCAUUUAAAAUAUUUACACUUCACAAAACAGGAAACUAAAAAUUGCAGAUUCUCUAAAGUAACACAGAGAUGUCUUGUUAAUUAAUGCAAAGCAACACACAAGCACUAUUUUAUGUACAGGUCUCCUGGUUCUUUGUUUUUGAGCCAUUGUCCAAAAACAUACAUUCUGUAGGUCUCUGCUUUAGAGUAAAUUUAACUGUGCAAGUGAUUAAAUGUUCUUGGUUUUAUGCUAAAACUUCUGUCAGUGAUUUUAAGUUGUUUUUGAGAACAUGUGUCUGUUUAUUCCAGAUAAUUUUGUCCAUUAGUGUUUUCACUGUCUUCAUUUCUUAAUUUUUCACCAUCAAAUUCUGUACAGUGCUAACUUAAAGGAUGUCCAUUUUCUCAGAUGACUUUGUUAAAUUGUAAUGGAAAACAUUGGAAACAUUGUGCCUUCAUUUCUUGUAACAGAUAUAUAUUUAACGAACAAAGAACAGCAUGCCAAAGUCUUGCAUAACAUUUUUCUUUCCUUAUAUUCUUUAUUUUUAUUUCUUUAUUUAAUCACACUAUUCAGCUGAGUGAUGAAAACAUGAGCACCAUCGAUUUUAAAGGCUCAUCUUGUCACGAUCUGUAGCUGGAGUGCUUGUGAGCUCUGCUAGAGGGCAGCCCAUCCUGUACCUUUUACUAUACAACCCGGACUCCAUUUUUCAUAAUCCUUCACCCGGAUUCGUCACCUCGUCAGUCUCACACCAUAAGAAUAACACACACAAGAGCUCACAUCGCUGGUGAUCGAAUGUUUUCCGAGUUUCCUGUGUGUUCCCUGUUUUACACGUUUCUAGUUUUAUCUUGCCUUAGUGUUUUUGACCCUGGACUGUUUCUUUGAUUCUGAUUGUUUGCUGUUUGCCUUCACCAUUGCCCGUUAUCUGGAUUACUCUUUUUCCUCUGCCUUGGGUAUAACUGUUUGCUGCUACUGGAUCCUGCCUGUAUGACUAUGCCUUAUUGAAUAAAGCCUGCAUUGGACUCUGUCCUAGACCAAUUUGGAAAACAUUCAAACAUUCAAUCACCAGGGAUAUGAGCUUGUGUGUGUGCUAUUCCUAUGGUGUGAGAAUAGUGAGGUGAGGAGAGACAGGUUAUUGCAAUUGAUGAUAAGUCCGGGCAAAGAAUUAUGGGAUAUGGAGUCCAGGGCGUAUGGUCAAAGGUACAGGAUAGGGUGCCCUCUAGCAGAACUCGCAGGCACUACAGCUAGAGAUUGUGACACAUCUAGACUUUCCCAGUAUAAUAUUAACGCAACACAAAUAUCUAUUACACUAGGUGAAGGCAACACUAACUCGUAUUCUUUACACUGUUAUGGAAAGGCAACACACAGCAACAGAGUUAUGACUGAAACUGGGUCUACUACGAUAGAAGAUAUGAGUUUGGCUAUUCAAAAAAAUCAUAUAAAACAGAGAUUGGAUUGAUAUCAAAUAAGUUACAAUAAAAUACUAACAAAUUGAGCCAUUUUCAGUCUCAAUGUUGCUGUAGUUAUUGUGUUUUUUCUUUACAUAGGAUAUUUAAUUGAAGAUAUCAGACUAUGAAUGAACACAGAUUGUGAAGAGACUAUGAAAAUGUAUGAAUGUCCAACUUGGAAGAGCUGCAUAGAACAUAUUGUAGUCCAUCUGAUGCUUUAGGGCAUUAGUUAAUUACCAACCUGUUUCAUGCUGACUUCAGGAUCAGAGAUUUCCUUUUUUAGUUAAAUUAAUUCCCUGUUACUAUACUGUAUUUCUAUUGUAAAGUCAAAGACUGCUCAUAUAUAAUCUAACAAUGAAUCUGGCCUCACUGUAUUAGAUCCCGUUUAUCUUCCAGAAUCUGUCAGUAUUUCCCAGAUAUCUCUCUUGUUCCCAUGGAUUUAAUUCCAUAGUGUCAUAAGUCACAUAAUUGAUCCUCAUCCCAUCUUUGUCGAAAUCUGGUAAUUAUUAUAUAAAUUGUAAGAUUUAUUUGAAUAUAGCCUGUCCUCUUUGAGGUUUUUCCUGUGCUUUUGUUGUUUCUGUUGUUCAGACACUUUUGUUUGUCAUGUUUAUCAAGAAUUUAAUCACUGUUGACCACUUGUCAAAAAGUAUGAUUUUCACAGUGAAUGCUCUCCUCCUCUGGAAAGGUUGCAACUGGAACCUGCGCUUUACAAGCAUAUAAAUGGACAGACAUACAGUAUAUAGAAAUAAGAGUUAUUAUUACCGUGUCAUAUUGUCAAACAAUAGAUGCUUUAGUUCAACAAUUUUCUUUUAUUUUUUUUACACAAAGACUUUGAUUAAUAUUUAUAAAUCAGUCUCACUGGUCAUGACCUUUUUUGAAGUUAAGAUGAAAAUACAGCUACAUUUAUUAAAGUUCUGUUCUAAGG